AUGGAACACGAGGCUUCACAGAGCGUUAGGGUUGCGGUCAAUAUCAGACCACUCGUGACCUCUGAGCUUCUUGUUGGUUGUACCGAUUGCAUUACUGUCUAUCCAGCGGAGAAACAGGUCCAAAUUGGGUCUCAUGCAUUUACAUUUGACAACAUAUUUGGUGGCAACGCCUCGCCAUGUUCCUCAAUAUUUGAGGAAUGUGUUUCUCCACUUGUUGAUGCCCUAUUCCAUGGAUAUAAUGCCACAGUACUCGCUUACGGUCAGACGGGGUCAGGAAAGACAUACACAAUGGGUACGAAUUACAACGGCGAAGACCAUAGCAGCGGUGUUAUUCCCAAGGUGAUGGAUACAAUUUUCUCCAGAGUGGAGACAAUGAAAGAGUCCACAGAAUUUCUCAUUAGAGUGUCAUUCAUUGAGAUUUUCAAAGAAGAGGUGUUUGACUUGCUGGAUCCAAAGACUACAGGACCGGCUAGAGUUCCAAUACAGAUUAGAGAAAGAGUGAGUGGAGGGGUUGCACUUGCCGGUGUUACAGAGGCAGAGGUGAAGACAAAUGAAGAGAUGGCUUCAUACUUGCUGCAAGGUUCAUUAUGUCGUGCCACAGGGAGCACAAACAUGAAUACUCAAUCGAGCCGUUCACAUGCAAUUUUCACAAUCUCAAUGGAGCAAAAACGAACACCUCAAACUUCAGCUGGUGAUGAUGCUGAUGAUCUUCUGGUUGCGAAGCUUCACUUGGUAGAUCUUGCUGGCUCUGAGCGUGCAAAACGAACUGGUGCAGAUGGGACACGCUUGCAGGAAGGUAUUCAUAUCAAUAAGGGUUUGCUGGCUCUUGGUAAUGUUAUUAGUGCCUUAGGGGAUCAGAAAAAGCGAAAGGAGGGCGGUCAUGUUCCUUACCGUGACAGCAAGUUAACACGGAUACUGCAGGAUUCUCUUGGUGGAAACAGCAAAACAAUCAUGAUUGCAUGUAUCAGCCCCGCUGACACAAAUGCUGAGGAAACACUUAAUACCUUGAAGUAUGCAAACCGUGCACGGAACAUUCAGAAUAAAGCAAUUAUCAACCGUGAUCCUGCGGCGACACAAUUGCAAAGGAUGCGGAGUCAGAUUGAACAAUUGCAAGUUGAGUUGCUUUACUUUCGCGGGGACUCUAGUGCACCAGCUGAAGAAAUCCAAAUUCUCAAGCACAAAAUAUCUUUACUUGAAGAAAGUAAAAUGGAAUUACAAGAGGCUCUACAAGAAUAUAAAACUAACUAUAAGCAUCUGACCCAGCGUGCUAUUGAUGCUCAGGUGGAAAGGGAUAGAUUGAUUAUGCAAAUCGAAUCAAUUCAAAACGGAAAACCCAUGAAUGAGAUUGACAUCAAGUCUAAUAAGGAUUUUGAUAUGGUGAAGAGUUAUAUCAUGAAGAUUCAGGAUCUAGAGUCUGAAUUGAUAAAGGUGCAGAGUCUAAAUCAAUCAAGACGUGAGGAUUUUGCUGAUUACCUUGAUUCAGAAGAUGAUGGGAAUCACUCAGGAAAUUCGUAUAUCAUAGAUGCUGAUAUGAGAACAGAAAAAGAUGGGAUGGUUGAAGUUGUGGAAAAGGAACUUGAACAUUCUUCUCUUCAAGAAAAAUUGGACAGGGAAUUGAAAGAAUUAGACAAAAGACUUGAGCAAAAGGAGGCUGAAAUGAAGCAGUUCGUGGGUUCUGAUACAUCAAUUCUCAAGCAGCACUAUGAGAAGAAAGUUCAAGAUUUAGAACUAGAAAAGGGUGCUUUACAGAAAGAAAUUGAAGAACUUAGGCGUAAUCUUGCCAACAUUUCAUCUAAUUCUGAUGAUAGUGCUCAUAAGUUGAAAGAGGAAUAUCUUCAAAAGCUCAAUGUCCUCGAGAAACAGGUCGCUGAGCUGAAAAAGAAGCAGGAUGCUCAAGCUCAACUAUUGAGACAAAAACAAAAAAGUGAUGAAGCUGCUAGAAGACUGCAAGAUGAGAUCCAUAGGAUAAAAACACACAAGGUUCAAUUACAACAAAAGAUAAAGCAAGAAUCUGAGCAAUUCAGGCAGUGGAAGGCAUCUCGAGAAAAAGAAGUGCUUCAGCUAAAAAAGGAAGGACGAAGAAACGAGUAUGAGAUGCAUAAGCUGCUGGCUCUAAACCAGAGGCAAAAGCUGGUCCUUCAGCGAAAAACUGAAGAAGCUGCUAUGGCUACGAAACGACUUAAAGAGUUGCUAGAUUCUCGUAAAGCUACCCGAGAGACACCUGGUGGAGGAAGUAAUAAAGGUCCUGGAGCUCAGGCACUUGUGCAAGCUAUUGAGCAUGAGCUUGAGGUUACUGUAGGAGUCCAUGAAGUGCGGUCAGAAUAUGAGCGACAAAUGAAAGAGAGGUCUAAAAUGGCUGAGGAGAUUGCGAGACUCAAAGAAGAAGCACUUUUAGAAAAGCAGCACAAGCUAAGUGAAACCCCCCAGUCAAUGUCCCCUGGUGCUAGAAACUCUAGGAUCCAUGCCCUUGAAAACAUGCUUUCUACUUCUUCAAGUGCCCUUGUUUCCAUGGCAUCUCAAUUGUCAGAAGCCGAGGAGCGUGAGAGGACAUUUAGUGGCAGAGGACGGUGGAAGAAUAUCCGUUCACUUCCAGAAGCAAAAAAUAUAAUGAAUUUCCUUUUCAAUGUUGCAUCCUCAUCCAGAUGUCAGCUAAAAGAUAGAGAAUUUGACUGUAGAGAGAAAGAUUUGGAAAUUAGAGAUUUAAAGGAGAAAGUGUUCAAUUUGGUUAGGCAACUGGAGCAUAAAAAGACUGAACUCAGCCGUCAGGAAAAUUUGGUGAAGUUGGCUCUAGAGAGACCAUCCAAUGAAACAAAAGUGGGCUCUGGUUAUGUCUUACGACCUAAGGGAUCUCGUAACUCCACAAGCAGUAGUGGAGUUUAUGAGUCCGAGCUACUGGAGGACAUGGACACAUCAGAUGAGUCAGAGGAAGAUGUCGAGUGGGGACACACAGUAGAGAGAAAAGGUCGUCAAACUAGAAGGAAGGAGAAACUGGUCGAGUCAAUUUGUUGCUCGUGCAGUAAAUCUUCCUUCUGCAAGACGUCAAGAUGUGAGUGUCGGGCCGUAAUGGGUAGUUGCAGCAUCUCCUGUAGCUGCGGGCCCACCAAAUGUAGCAAUCGGAAGGAGUCUUCUGGAAAUUUGUUCGAAAGAGAUGAAAAGGAGAGUAAUAAUGAUGAACUUGCUUCUCAUGGUGCAGUGCUGCUUCAAACUGCUUUUUCUGAGAAGCCCGCUGGCCCGAAUGAUGCUGAGACCGUGAGGAAGCCACUGUCCGACAUUGGGAAUAACCUGGUAUUACCCGGCAUCCCAAAACCAAAUAUUCCGAGGAAAAAAUGGCGCAAGUCGGUCAUUCAGCUUGUUCCGACAACACCUGCUGCAGCUCAGGCACAACCGAAUGCUGAAGUUACUGAGCAGCCAAAAAUCAAUGCCGAAACUGAUAUCCCAUUAAAGUUACCGAGAGCGAUUCGGUCGACUUUGUCAAAUAACAAUCAUCUGAGGGAGAGGAACUUGGAUCAGCCUAAUGAGCCCAUAAAUGAUGAUAAUUGUACUCCUUCACUAGUAAGUGCUCCUCAACAAGCAACAGACAAAUAUGGGAAAGAAAACAGGGGACUGUAG